UAGUUGCGAGUCAGUUCCUUAUUCGGUGCAUGUCGCAGUCUGUCAAAUUUUCGCUCGCAGCCUGCCUUUAGGAGUUUUCAGCUGUCACCUCCACCAUUCAGCUAAUUUCGUUGUCGCUAAUAUGUAGGCAAAUUCGCGUCGGGAUAGAUUUUCGCCUUAAAGAAUGUUUACACUGCGCCGUUUCGCCGAUUCCACCCUCGAAACUAACAGUUCUGGUGUUUUCUCGCGCGGUUCAACGGCAAAGGCGAGCGAUUCGUCCAGGGGAUGAUAAAGUUUAUGUCGCCGACCCACAACAACAGAUAUCGGGAAAUUGCAGUUUUCCUCAGUGGGAAAAGUGACGCGCGGUGAAGUGUGUGUGGGAGAUGUUGCUCCACAGAAUGAUUGCUGCCCAUGCAUCGUGAAUUGAGGGACCCAAACGCAUAAGAAACGAUUUUUUCACGAUUUCCUUCCAAUAAAUCCGCGGCGGAGAAGAUAUUGUGGUGGCCAUCGACGCUCGCGAGAUCGACCGAGUUAGUAGAAUGCCAGAGCAAAGCAAUGAUUACCGAGUAGUAGUGUUCGGGGCGGGCGGGGUGGGCAAGAGUUCACUCGUGUUGCGCUUCAUCAAAGGGACGUUUCGAGAGAGCUACAUUCCAACGAUCGAGGAUACAUAUCGCCAGGUCAUAAGCUGUAAUAAGAAUAUAUGCACAUUACAAAUAACAGAUACUACGGGAUCGCAUCAAUUUCCCGCAAUGCAACGACUUUCAAUAACGAAGGGACAUGCCUUUAUAUUAGUAUACUCAGUCUGCUCACGGCAGAGCCUAGAGGAAUUACGCCCAAUAUGGAAUUUAAUAAAGGAAUUAAAGGGUCAAGAGAUUACACAAAUUCCUGUUAUGCUUGUUGGCAAUAAAUGUGAUGAAAGUGCCGAAUUACGUGAAGUUACAAACUCCGAAGGACAAGCCGAAGCUGCUUCUUGGGGUGUUUCGUUCAUGGAGACAUCUGCCAAAACCAAUCACAAUGUGACUGAACUGUUUCAGGAGCUUUUGAACAUGGAGAAAAAUCGCAGUGUAUCACUUCAGUUAGACGGGAAGAAGAAGAAAAACCCAAAAAUAAAGAAGAGCAAAGACAUCACCAACGGGUCGGUGGCGGACGGCGGCGAGGGAACCAGCGGAACAACGAAAGAAAAGUGUCAUGUAAUGUAAAAGCAACUCCUACACUUCUGAAAUAUUAUUUCUAUGUUACAUGUUGCGAAGUUAUUAGAUUUUAUAUAAGCACACCUCACUGAACCUUGGCAAAGACAAAACUGAACAAAUGGAACAUUUCAAUAGUUUUUAAUAUUUAAAGUACUUUCUAAGCUAAUUGAAGAUUGCAUUAAGUCUAUUCAAGAGAGAUAUUCACUAUACGUUGAGAAUUAAGUACUUUUUUCAGAUUUGCGCAUAUAUGUAGAGUUCGGUUUCUAUCCUCUAUUCAAAUAUGUGCUUUCAUAUCAUAAUGAUGUGUAUUCCUUCUGUUAGUAAAGUCCAGCGUUAUUUAAUAUUGUUAAUGGAUGAAUAUAGAGUUAUUAUAUGAUAUUCAAUAGUAACAGCUUUUAAUACAAUUGUAAGUUAGUCUCAUUCCAUAGAAAAGCUUAUGGGCGUGCACGCCCACGAUCUCUUUACUAAAUAUAAAUAUAUAUCGUCAAAAUGUUAAAAUUAUAUCAGAGCAACAUCAAUCAACUUUGAUUUCAUAUGGUUGGAAGAUAAAACUUUUUCGUUUUAGAAAAAUAAAACAUUUCAUGAACUGUCGUAAAUUACUAUCAAUAAUUGUAAAGUUAACAACCAAACUCCUGUAAAGACUAAAUCGUUGCUGCAUCGAGCUUCAAAGGACGAGACGAUGCAACCUGAAACCGCGAAUGAGAUUUUGAACUUGCUUAGGUAGCGUCACAUUGUGAAGAUUCAGUUGUUGUCGGUUGGAAAAUGUCUUCAAUUUGCACAACAAUGUUAUCCUGGGAGCCAAAUAAAAAGCAUUAAAGAGAAAAAUUAAAGUUGACUUACUUCAAAAUCUUUUAGAUUUUCCUUAGAAUCAACGAAUCUACAUACAUUUUUACACUUUUUGUAGUAGAUAGAGUAAAGUGUAAAGUAUUGUUCAGUUUCCAUGUUUACGACCGAUUUUGUGAUCAAAUAUAAAUAUUAGAAAAUAAAAUCGCGGGUGUAGUCAAUACGAUAUCCAUUAUAAAAUUAUAUCAAAGUGUGCAAAUUUAAAAUAUAAACAGAAAAGCUUUAAAAAUUACGAUAGAUUCCAAUACAAAUCUACGAAAAUCUAAAUAAAGUGUAUAUUGAGACGCUUAAA